AUGAAAUGUGCACAACUUUGUCAUUCUAAAUAUCAAGAGGAUAUAACUAAAGACGAAUUUAAUUUACUAACAGAACGAAUAGCUAAUCAAAACUGUUCUCUGUCAUGUGAAUUAUCUGAAGAAACAUUCUUUAAUAUAAUUAAUAAGGAGAAUAUUCGAGGAAAAUUACAUGACCAACAUAGAAGCGUUGCUCAACCAACAAAAGAAGACAUGAUACAAUCAUCUCUUUCAUCAGCUGAAUGUCAAAUGGAUCGAUACCGUAAACAAUUUAAUUCUCAAUUGAAAUAA